AUGUAUUUAUACGGUGCGAUAAUACUUUCUAAAAGUUAACAAACGAAGACACCUCCACAUGCGUUGCAACAAAUUUUUCCCAUUACGUUAAUCCCACGGAGCAAAUAUAAAGGGGGCAAUUAAUUAUUAUUCUCAACAAGCAAAACAACUCGACAUUUAGACUCGGCGCGUUUUGAAAUUCCACAUCCCAUACGGAGAUUGUAAAAAAUGAAAGCAAGUUGGCCUUGAUCUUUUGCGGCAACAUACGUUCGUCCAACGUCCGAAGCGGUUGCGUUCCCGUGUGAAAGCGUGUUGACCUUGAGACUCCUACCUGCACGGUUGUCUGGCGACAACAUCGCGUCUAUUCAAAUCGGCGUUGGUGCUUGUGGGUAGAAGACCUUUUCGACUUUUAAUUCAACCAUGGAAGGGAGUGCAUGUGUAUAAAUACGUUGCAUGUGUAUUAUAGACUAUAUUCAGUGCAAUGAAUACAGAAGUGCGAUGUCCAUUUCCCUACGACCCUACAACUGAAAAAAUCGCGGUUUGUCCGUAUGACAAGUCGCAUAUUAUGUUGGCGCAUCGCUUAGGGCGUCACAUAUUCAAAUCACACAAAGAGUACCGGGGGUUAGAAUUCCCGGUACGACAUGAAACGACAAGGGAACAUCACCAGCAGCAGGAGCAACCCGGUGGAUCAAAAGAAACAAAGGAGCAGCAGGAGUACCCGGGUGGGUGGUCGACGGAGUGGGACGGCGAGGAGUGCACUUCGUAUUUAGAUUUCCUCCGGGAACGGGAAGAAGAACAACGCAAGGAACAGGAACAAUGGGAUGGUCGACUGAAUCGACAUAAAAAGAAGAAGAAACUCCUCGCCAGACCAAUUUUAUAAAUAAAAUAAAAUAAAAUGUAUUAAAAUUCAAGUUUAUUUAAUUAUCCUCCCGAUCCACCGCGUCACCGCGCCGCACCGUCACCGCCCUCUACCGGGGGGGCCUACGACGGUCGGAGCGCGCGACAUCUAGCAGCGACGGGCGGAACCGGGGCAAAACAGGACGCUACACAAGCUGGCGACACAAGCGCGCGACAUCUAGCAGCGACGGGCGGAACCGGGGCAAAACAGGACGCUACACAAGCUGGGUGGGGGGCGGAGCGCACUCUGGUAGACAGGGGGGACACUAGGACGCCACGCGCGGGGGGCCCCCGCUGCGGGGGGGUUAGGAAAUUGAGGUUAUGUACGGUUUCUGUUGCUUAU